AUGGAUUCACAACACCGCGUGGGCAAGGCCGCGAGGCUGAUGAGGAAGGGCUCCGUGCGGGAUGCCCAAAAAGUGUCGAAAUUGCAACGGUCGCUCAAUAACAACGAGGAGACCUCGCGUACACAGAGUGUGCAGACGAGGCUCAACGACAAGUCUCUUGCCCCUUCACCCAUCGUCACCCUGGUGGUGGGCGCAGAGGCACGGCUGUUUGCAGCGCACGAAGAUGUGCUCUGCCAGUCGCCCUUUUUCGAGAGGGUGAUUCGGAGCAACUUCACCGAUGCGCAGAAUAGAAGGAUCUCCCUCCCGGACGAGGAGCCAGAGGUCUUCAGCGGAAUCCUCGAAUAUCUCUACAAGGGCGACUAUUACCCCCGCUUGUUGCACAACAAGCAGCGCAACUCUUGGGAGCUCGAGGACUCGCUUCCCCGUCGGGUCACCCCCCAAACCUCCCCGACGAUCAACGACUCACCUAAAUUCGGAGGUGGCCGCGCAGGCCAAACCCCCCAGACCCCUGCGGCUGUCGAGGCGACCGUGUUCCUCUCGGGCAUCGGCCAGCACAUCCUUCGCGACACGGCCAUCUACUGCGCUGCUGAUCGCUUUGGGCUGGAGGAGCUCAAGAGGCUGGCGCUGCGGAAGCAAGGAUUGCAGGCCGGCAUCGACGUCGGCACCAUCCUCCGCAGCGCGCAGUACUGCUACGCCAACACGCCCGACUCAGACAGCCGUCUGCGCGCCCAUUACCUAGCACUCAUCAUCCGGUGCCGCAAGACCUUUAAGCGCAGUGGCACCAUGCAGGCCGAGAUGGAGAAGUGCGGCAGCGACAACGUGUACGGCGAGGGAAGUGGGAAGUUGUUCUUUGAUCUGUUUGUUGCCAUGUGCAACCACCUCGACGACGUCAUCGAUGCGAGCAACGCGCGGACCCCCAAGACGAUCUAA